AUGUUUAGUGAAGAUGUAGAAUAUUUCGAGCUGUACGAUGGCGCUAAUGAGAUGCCGGAAGACGACUUUCAAUCACCUGCACAUGAUGACCAUUACUACUCUAACCGUAAACACCAUUCUGACUCUGAACAGUACUCAGAGGGCGAUGCAGAACAAAUGGAUGGAAUUGUAGUCGGCAAUAAUAAUGAUGGAGAUGUUAGUGAUGAAGAUGUUGAUGAUAUUGAUGAUGAAGAUGUAGAUAAUGAAGAUGUUGAUGAUGAAGAUCUUUUUGGAGAAGAUGUUAAUGAUGAAGAUGUUGAUGCUGAAUUUGUUGAUAAUGAAGAUGUUGAAGAUGAAGAUCUUUAUGGAGAAGAUCUUAAUGAAAAAGACGUUGAUGAAGAAGAUGUUAAUGAAGANCACCCUGUAGAAUUGAUUCUGCUCCAGGAUACACCCUGUAUAAUUGAUUCUGCUCCAGGAUAA